CGAAAAUAGCUUCCGAACCAUCCAACUCGUUUUCGCCUUUCCUUCAACUUCAUUUUUCUUUCUCAAAAGCAUCUCCGUAUUUUCUCAAAAGACAAAACACCCAACAUCAUCAAUAAUUAUCACAAACUGAAUGUACCAUGUCGACCCUGUUUGGCAAAUCCACGCGCAAGAAGAGAGCCAGGACAGAGAAUGCUGACGAGACUAGAAGAAGCAACCAGGAAGCUGAGUUACUACUAGUAGAUGCAACCCACCAAGAAGAAGAUGAUGCCCCCUUGACCCUGAAGAAAGCCCACAAUCAAAAUGCUACCUCAUCACAAAAAACAUUAUCUCCCUGGGCAUCCUUUUCCGAUCUCGGAUUGGACUCGUCCCUUGUUUCACGCUGUGCCAAUCUCGGCUUUUCCCGUCCUACGGCCGUCCAACGCACCGUCAUUCCCCAUCUCCUUCAUAACAACUCGCAAAACAUUCUCGCCUUGUCCAAAACGGGCAGUGGCAAAACGGCCGCUUUUGUCUUGCCCAUUAUCCACCACUUAAUGCAAGAUCCCUAUGGGAUUUUUGCCGUCAUUUUAACACCCACGCGCGAAUUGGCCAAACAAAUUCAUCAACAAAUUUUGGCACUUGGUUCCACACAAGUUUCUUCGGCGCUCGUCAUUGGUGGAUUGGAUCCCGUGGCGCAAUCGGUGGCAUUGGAUGCUCGUCCUCAUUUUUGUGUCGCCACACCGGGACGAUUGGCCGAAUUGUUGCGAGGACCCAAUCCACCCCGGUUGCAUCUGUUGCGAUUUUUGGUACUCGAUGAAGCCGAUCGAUUGUUGGCACCGGGAGGAUUCGAACGGGAUGUCGCUGAAUUGUUGUUGCACGCCACCAACCCAAAUUGUCAGACACUACUCUUUAGUGCCACCAUGACACGGAGUUUGGAAGAAAUUCAAGACAUUGCUGCCGGUGCCAAAGGAGGAAACAACAAUAACAACAACAAGCCACUGCAGAAAUUUGUCAUUCGAGAAGAUACAGAAAAGACGAAACAAAAGAAGAAGAAACAGAAAACAAACGACAAUAAUGACGAAACAACACUAGAAGGAGAAUCUCAAGAGGAUAGUGACAAUGAUGAUGAUGAUGAAGCCUUGACACCCAAGAUACCAGAAGGAUUGACGCAAGAAUACAUUUUUAUGCCGUCACGAGUACGAGAUGCCUACCUUCUCGCGGCCAUUCGCAAGCUCAUGAUUCACGGGGGAAGACCCAAGGCGCUGCCACCACCACGUUUUAGAAAAAAGGGACGAAAAGGAACGCAGGAUGACGACGAUAAUAGUCUCCAAAAGGCGCGAUUGGCCAUCAUUUUUGUAUCCACGUGUGAACGAGCGGCAUUGGUCUCGUGUAUUCUCGAUGAAGUCGGAGUCUCCAAUGUGGCAUUGCAUUCACUACUGUCGCAGAAUCGAAGAUUGGCGGCACUGGGGAAAUUCAAAUCCGAACAAGUACGAGUCCUGGUCGCCACGGAUGUUGCCAGCCGCGGAUUGGACAUUCCCACCGUCGACUUGGUCUUGAAUUCCGAACUCCCACACAACACGACAAACUACAUCCACCGCGUAGGACGCACGGCACGGGCGGGUCGCAGAGGACUCGCCAUUAGUUUGGUGGGGGAAUCUGAUGUGGCGUUGGUCCAUGCGGCCGAACGAUUGAGUGGUCGGCCCUUGGAAAAGUGUCAAUCGGUCAGCGACGAAGAAGCCAUCCAAAUGCUAGGACCCGUCACCAAAGCGGCACGAUUGGCUAAAAUGAAACUCAACGAUAUUGGAUUUGAUGACUUGGUACAGAAAUUCAAGGAACGCAAAGUCAGAGAUCGCAAAGAUCGAGCGCGGAUUGAACGGGCGUUGAAGCGACAAUCGGCGGCAGAUGACAAGCAGAAGAGUACGUCAUCAUGAUGAGCAACUGGUACCGGUAUGAUGGUAGGGUACCGGUAGGAGUACGGUAUAGCUAAACUGGCAAGUAGGAAUAGGUUUGCAACGCAGUCUUGCGUUUAGUGGUUGCUCGAACCCUCUGUGGAUAGUGAUCCGAUGGUAGCUGUGUUGUAGACCAUAACAAC